CUCCGCGCCCUCCGCCGCUAUGAAUUACUCUCGGUUCAUCACUGCUGUGAGCGCCGCAAGAAAAGCAUCUCCGAUAAGACUCCUGAUUGAAACCUAUGGAGACCUGCCAGAACUGGAGCACAAGACAUAUAUCACCAGUUCAGCCUUCAGGGGUCAAUUUCCUCUCUUGCUGAAUUGAUGCAGAAAUCUCCUCCAUCUCUCAUCUCUCUGGCUGGAGGGGCACCAAAUCCUAACCUUUUUCCAUUUAAGAGGGCAACUGUUGACAUUGGACAUGGAACUCCUAUUGAGAUCGGGGAAGAUCUGAUGAAGAGAGCUCUUCAGUACUCAGCCUCAGCAGGGAUUCCAGAGCUGUUGUCUUGGCUAAAAGAUUUCCAGCGGAGCCUGCAUGAUCCCCCCACAGCCAAUUACAGUCCUGAGCAAGGACAAAUGGAAGUCUGUGUCACAACCGGCAGCCAGGAAGGCUUGUGUAAAGUGUUCGAAAUGCUCAUUAAUCCUGGAGACAACAUCCUUUUGGAUGCACCCACAUACUCUGGGACUCUAGCAGCUCUGAGACCCUUGGGUUGUAAUAUAAUUAAUGUUCCUAGUGACCAACACGGCAUUAUUCCCAAAGCUUUAAAAGAAAUUCUGUCUACUUGGAGCUCAGAAGAUGUAAAAAAUCAUAGCCAUCACCUUCCCAAAUUCCUGUACACUAUUCCAAAUGGGUGCAACCCAACUGGCAACUCUCUCAGCACAGAGCGCAAGAAGGAGAUUUACCAGCUUGCAAGACAAUAUGAUUUCCUCAUAAUAGAAGAUGAUCCUUACUACUUUCUUCAGUUUGAAAAGCCAUGGGCUCCAACUUUCCUCUCAAUGGAUGUGGAUGGCCGAGUUAUCAGGACCGACUCUUUCUCUAAAAUUCUCUCAUCUGGGUUAAGAAUAGGCUUUCUGACAGGUCCCAAGCCUCUUAUCGACAGAGUUGUUCUACACAUUCAGGUUUCAACAAUGCACACCAGCACUUUCACACAGAUUAUGAUAUCACAGCUGCUUCAGCAAUGGGGACAAAAGGGUUUCUUGGAGCAUAUUGACAGAGUGGUGGAUUUCUACAGGACCCAGCGGGAUGCAAUGCUCAUUGCUGCUGACAAGUGGUUGAAAGGCUUGGCUGAAUGGUACCCUCCUGCUGCUGGCAUGUUCUUAUGGAUCAAAAUUAAAGGGAUUUCUGAUACACAGCAGCUGAUAAUGGAAAAAGCUUUGCAGAAAGAAGUAUUACUGGUUCCUGGAGGAGCAUUUAAUAUCAAUAGUUCAGAGCCGAGUUCUUAUGUCAGAGCCUCUUUUUCUCUGUCUUCUCCUACUCAGAUGGAUCUGGCCUUCAAGAGACUGGCUGACCUUAUAAAAGAAUCUUUGUGAAAAAGCUAAAUAGAGCUCUUGCAGGGCUCAGAAUCAUCUCCAGAAAACAUUUAUUAACAUUUGGAUUUCAUCAGAACAUUUUAUAAGCAAGCACAAUACAGUAGAUGUUUCCUUAGAUAUUCUCAGCUAAAAAAGAGACAAAAAAUGGAAGUGAAAAACAAUUUGCCUAAUUUAUUUUGACAUGGCAUUUCAUUACUAAAUGUAUUACAAUUCAAAAAAACUUAAAAUACUAAAAACCAAAUUGUUCUAUUUCCUGUCAAAUCUAUGGUUUUGUUAGAUUUGAAUAAAUUUUUGUUCUGACUUUUGUCUUGCAUUUGGGUUGGGAAACAGAGAAAUCAGUUGCUUAGGACACUGAACUUCAGGUGGUCUUAGCCACUGUUACUUAAUCUCAACUGAUACAUUCCUCCAACAUCUUCCAUUGGAAUUGUUUUGUGUGUCACUUUCCUUCUUGUCCUACUGUAUGGCAUCUGGUUUUGAGGACUUGAGGAUCAGUAUUCAAUUUUACUAAAGUUUUGACAGAUAAAACUGAGAUAAGGAUGUU